AUGCAAUUUACUUACAUAUCAAGAGCAAUUGUAUUUGAUUCAACAGGGAAGAUUAUGGUUUCAACUUGUAGAAAUAACAUAUUAAUUUGGAAUUUCAAUAAUGGAAAAAUUUAAAAAGUUCAAACACUUUCAGAACAUUAAAAAGAUGUUACUUGCCUAGUAUAUAGUAAAAUUAAGAAUUAUUUUAUUUCUGGAUCAACUGAUGGAUCAAUUAUAUUAUGGAAAUAAUUGAAUAACAAUCAAUGGUAAAGUUCUAAACCAUAAUGUGAGCAUAAGGAAUAAAUCAAUUGUAUAAUCUUAACAUAAAAUGAAGAUUAAUUAAUUUCAGGUAGUUCAGAUUGUAUGAUAAAUGUAUGGAGAAUAGAUUUUAUUAAUAAUCAAUUAACAUUUCUCUAUUCUUUAUAAAAACAUUCUAGAUCUGUCAACUAAUUAAGUUUAAAUGAAUCAGAAAGACUAUUGGUUUCAUGUGGAUAUGAUACAUUAAUAAUAAUUUGGUAAAAAGAUGCAAAUAAUAAGUGGACUUUUUAGUAAGUUGUUAAUUACAAUUAAUAAUCAAUUCAAGAUAGUGUGGCUCAUGUUAAAUUCAUAAAGGAAGAUUAAUUCAUAUUGUUACCUUAUAAAUUCAAUUGUUUAUACGUAUUUUAACAAAAAGAUGGUUAAUUUCAAGAAAUAAUAGAGAAGAAAGUUUAAUUUAAAAAAAAUAGCGAGGGAUAUGUAAAUUAAUCAUUCUUCCCUAUAAUAUACAUUAAGGAUAAAAAUUUAAUAUGUUUGAGACAUAUAAACCAUAUUAUGUUACUCAAAGAACAAAAUGAUGGAUAAUUGUAAAUUGUUUAGGAAUUAGAUUGCCAAUAUUGGAAUAUAUAUGGAACAGUAACAAACAAUGGAUAAUAUUUAAUAUAUUGGGGAGAAAAGAAGUAUAAAUAUGAGAUAUAUGAAAUAUAGUAUAAAUGA